GAUCUUUUGAAAGUGAUCCCAACCCAGAAAGAAGAAAGGAAUAGCCUCCAUCCCGAAGGCCAAAGGCCCCUCUUUUCUUCUUCGCUAUUUUGUCCCUCCCUCCACAAAAAAGUCUCAUCGGCCGUUUUUUAUUGCGAUCCUAAUUACUAUUUCUUUCAUUCUCUCUCCUCCUUCCCUCUUUUCUCUACGGUUCGUUGCUAUUCUUUCUCUCCAUUCAUAUUGAAACUUCCAUCCAAAUUCCCACCUUCCCCAACACACACCCCCCCCUCCCCAAAAAAUUUUUGUUUUUGGUUCUCUCCCACCGUUUAUUUUGCUCAUGGUUGGUUUUGUAUAGGUUAUACACUAUUAUAUAUACCUCCUAGUUUUCUAUAUAUUUUUUAACCAAUUAAGCUCUGGUUUUGCUGAGCUGUACUUGGAUAAUUAAUUUUUGUCUGCCAAGUGUAAUCAGUAAUUGUUGCUCGGAGAAUUUUUCUGGGCUGUCUUCAUUUGUAUGUAUUUGAUGAAUGUAUCGAUAAGGUUUUGCACUUGAUCUGAAAAGGGAAGGCUGAUUUUCUACUGAUUUUGGCUGAUUCAUUCGUGGAUAACGGGUACUGGAUUUGCUUGUAUUUGACUAUUUUUCUGCACUGGUAAUCAUUUCUGCUGCUUUUGGGGGUUAUCAAUAAGGGAGGGAAAAGAGUAAAAUAUUGAAAAAAAAUGAAGAAAGUGCAGAAUUUGUUUAUAUAGAUCUGCUGGUGUUUGAAAGUUAGUGCAAAUCCUUUCUAGCUUUAUCCUCAGAAAGGGCUUUCUUUUAUUAUUUAAUGCUUGUUGAGAGGAGGGGAAGAAAAAGUUAGUGGAUAUUCUUGUUCCUCAAAUUGCUGGUAUAAUAAUGUUACCCCAUUAAAUUAAAAGGGAUAUUAUAAAAGGUGGAUUCCUUUUUUCGAGUUGGAAGCAGCUGCUUUUGUUGCUGGAUUAAGAUUCUGAGUUUUUACUUAUUGGGGUUAAAGUGGAUUGCAUUCUUAUUGGACUAUUGAUGAUUGUGCUGAAUAACAAGGUGAAUUGUGUUUGUGUGGACUAAACAUCUGGUGAAACUGGGAAGUGGUUGCUGGAUUGGACUAGAUUUAGGGGGGUUUCUUGAAAGAGUUGGGACGGAUCCCAUUACGGAAAGUAGGGAAGGUUGUGACUGUCUCGCUGGUCUGGAGUGCCUGCUGAGUAUAAUCAGGGCCCUCAGGAUGGGGUCCUGCUUAUCCACCGAAAGCAGGAGCCCUCUUCCCAGUUCUCCAACCUCAUCGGUGGGUAGGAAGAGGAAGGGCAGCUUGAAACGGAGACCAGGGUCCCGGAAUUCUUCUUUUGAUUACAAAAGAGAAGAAAUGUUGCAUAGAAUUCCGGGACGAUUGUUCUUGAAUGGGUCAAGUGAGGUAGCAUCACUCUUUACUCAGCAAGGCAAGAAAGGAACCAAUCAAGAUGCUAUGAUUGUUUGGGAGAAUUUUGGUUCAAGAACAGACACAGUAUUUUGUGGUGUUUUUGAUGGCCACGGACCCUAUGGUCAUAUGGUUGCCAAACGUGUGAGAGAUUGUCUUCCCUUGAAACUGAGUGCACAUUGGGAAGUCAAUAUUAAGAAUGAUGAUGUUCUUCGAGAGAUCAGCCAGAAUAGGACAGUUAGCAUGAACUCUGAAGAUACGACCUAUUCUUCUGUAUCUGUUGAUGAAGAAGCAAGAGUAUCUAUUGGUGUUGAAGAUGCAGAAAAGCACCCAGAGGUCUUUCAGACAUUGAAGGAGUCAUUCAUGAAGGCUUUCAAGGUCAUGGAUAGGGAACUUAAAAUGCAUACGAAUAUUGAUUGCUUCUGCAGUGGAACAACUGCAGUCACCUUAGUGAAACAGGGUGACGAUCUGGUAAUUGGAAAUGUUGGGGAUUCUCGAGCCAUACUGGCUACUAGAGAUGGAAAUGAUUCUCUCAUUGCAGUGCAGUUGACUGUCGAUCUUAAACCCAGUCUUCCAGCUGAAGCUGAGAGGAUCCGCAAAUGUAGAGGACGUGUUUUUGCCCUUCAGGAUGAACCCGACGUUGCAAGAGUUUGGUUGCCUAAUAAUGAUUCUCCUGGUCUAGCCAUGGCUCGUGCUUUUGGAGACUUCUGUCUCAAGGAUUUUGGUCUAAUCUCCGUGCCUGAAAUCUCAUACAGACGUCUGACGGAAAAGGAUGAGUUCAUUGUCCUGGCAACUGAUGGGAUUUGGGAUGUUCUGUCAAACAAAGAAGUAGUGGAUAUAGUGGCUUCAUCCCCUGCACGUUCAUCUGCUGCCCGUAGGUUGGUCGAGUCAGCAGUUCGAGCUUGGAGGUCCAAAUACCCGACUUCAAAAGUUGAUGACUGUGCUGUGGUUUGCCUCUUCCUUGAUUCAGAUAUAAACAAUUUCUCUACUGCUUCCACUGCAAAAUCAAAAGAGCAGGGUGAAGUAAGCACCGAGAAAGAAGAUGUCGAUACCCCAACUGGAUUGAUGCGUUCUGGCACGGUUAGAGCAGCGGACAACAGUCUUGUUCAAGAACAAAGCAAGGAAGAAGCUGCAGAAGAAAGCAAAGAGGAAGCCUCAGAAUAUGAGGAAGUGGGAAAAGAGUGGUCUGCCCUUGAAGGAGUGUCCCGUGUGAAUACAUUGUUGACCCUGCCAAGGUUUGUGCCUAGCAAAGAAGAUGAGAAAGCUGCAGGAGAGACGAAGAAGCGGAAAUGACAAAAGGGUAAAAAGCCUAUAGUCUGAAUUGAUUUAUUUUUUUUUCCAUUUUACAGUACUUGUCUCAUUUUGAUCUCUCUGUUUAGUUUCAUUUAUGGUUUCUUUUCUCUUUGUAGAGAAAAGAAGGAAAAAAAAAAAUAGGGCCAUUCAUAUUUGUUCUCUACCGGAGAGGUGGACCCGGCUAUAUUAGGGAGCUCGGGAGUCAUCCUUUCUCUCUCUCUCUCUCUCUCGUGUGGGAAGGAUUGGAAUUUUGUAGAAUCCAACUCUCCCUGUUCCUUAAAAGUUUGUGUGAUGUUUUUUACACUGUCAUGUUGGGAAUAAUUGUGGUAAUGGAAGCUUUAAUUCAAUUCAAGUUGCAGAUUUUUGUUUA